AUGGGAGCAUCACAUCUACUCGUUCGACAAUUCCCACUUUUGUGUUGUACAUUUCACUCAAAGAACCCGGGCGUCCCAUCCUCAAGGAUCGAUAAAAGCCAACUGACAGGCUCCCUGAGCCGUCAUGGAUUGGCGGAAGCAGAGGUGGCCGGUCGCCCGGACGAGGAGCCUCCUCCCGCGGGGCUUUGGAUGGGUCCAAUUACGUGA